AUGAUGAUGGCUUCCGGCGCUCCACCGACUCCUCUGCUGAAGCUGCAGAACGCGGAGUCGGUUGCAUCGCAGGCGGCCUGCCUCCGCACCCUCAAACACGAGCUGAUCGGCCAUGAUCAACGCAAAGAGACCUAUGUGAUCUGGGGCAUUCUCCCCAUCCUCGCCCAGAUCCUCGCAUCAAAUCACCCGUCGAAAGUUACCUCGGCCGAUUCCAGCGAAGCAAAGCCGUUCCAGUACGAGGAUUCGAGCGAGUAUGAUGCUUGCAUGCAAGCAAUUAUCAUUUCUGGAACGGUGGCUCAUGGUGGCCCAAACUUUCUUCCCCCGAUCUUCGCUAGUGACCUUGUUUCGAAUGUUCUCGCCGUUCUUGUCUCUCCUGAUUGCCCGCAGGCAUUUACUGUCCCCAUCCUGCGACUUCUCAACGCGAUCGCCGAUCGACUGCCAUUGCAGAGCCAAGAACAGGCGCUGCGGGACACACGUUUCGCAGAUCUGAUCUUCUCUGAUGAGAAUGCGAGUGCCCUGCGGAGACUCGUUGCGCAGGAGUAUGUCGACCGCAACACACAAAUAUGCAUCGAGCUGGCUGCGGCUCUCAUUGGAAAGGUGUGCACCGAAGAAGCUCACAAAGCCAAAUUGGCGGAAUGUGGUGUACUGGAUGCUUUGGGCAUCAAGCUUGCGGCCUUUGUUGUGGCGCAAGGUUAUGUCCUUCCCGGAGCAGCGAACCUCGUCCAGGAGCCAGAUGCGCUGGGGGCGUUCCCGGCAGCGGCGCCUGCAUCUGCUAGUCUGACACCUAUCCUUCGUGCGAUCGCGACUAUUGUAGAACAGUCAAAGCGACGGGCACAGCACUUGCUCUCCUCUCCUGGAAUCGUUACAGUGUUCCCAAGCCAGCUUGCCGGCUUUACCCCGGCGGAUGUCAGGCGCGGCCCUUGGGGCUCGACGUAUCUGUCCGGUUCGGCGGUUCCCCGUCAACCGGGUGCCAACCCUCUUGAUGCACUUCUACCACCCAUUCCGCACUCUCACGAACGGUCAUCCCCCAACUCGACCAACUUUCCACCUCUUGGCACGGCCGGCUCUCAACGCCGCCCCAGCAGUUCGUACCCCACGCCAUUUUCGCAGGACGAAGAGAAGAAUUCCACCGAAGAGGAGGAAAAUUCACUUGUCCCCUACCUUCUGGUCAUCACCCGUGAGGAAAGUGGUCUAGCUCGUCUUGCCUCCGCGCAUUUGCUCUCGAUCCUUGUCCGUCUGGGGCUUACGAGGAAGGAUCGGGUUCCCAUGUUCAGCAACCUGCUGGUUCCGAUUCUCAUUGAGAUGUUGGACAAGGACUCCGAGGCCUCUGCCGGGCGGGUCAGAUCUGAUGAUGUGAACAAUAUUUCACUCGCAAUCACACAACAGGUCAAAGAAGAAGCACCCGCCGUACUGGCCAAUCUAGUCAUGGAUGAUCAGGAAAUGCAGAAGUAUGCCGUUAAUGGCGGCGCACUCAAGCGUCUUUCGCAGUUGCUCAAGGAGACCUACAACCCUGUCUCUGAGAACCUUCAUUCGAUGUGGUACGCUGGAGGAGACGCGCCCGUGCGUGAUCCCAAGUCCGUCACGGCGGAAUGCCGCCUUGGACCUCCCGGCUACUCUCCGUUGAUGUGCCACAUUAUGCGAUAUCGUGAAAACAUCCUGAAGGGCCUGGCAGCUUUGGUACCAUUCAAGGACGAAUACCGCAAGGCAGUAUGUGAAAAUGGUGCCGUGCCCUACAUCAUCGACUCGCUCCGACCCCGGCCGACGGAUGCCCCUGCGAACGCCGAGUCCCUGCCGAAGAACUUGGCUGCCGACGGCAAUCCUACCCCGACAAUCUUGGCUGCUUGCGGUGCGACGCGGAUGUUGACGAGAUCAGUAAGCGUCCUGAGGACCAGCCUUGUGGAUGCGGGUGUCGCCGAGCCACUCUUCGUCCUACUCAAGCAUCAGGAUGUGGAAGUCAAGACCGCGGCAACCGCCGUCAUUUGUAACCUGGCAUUGGAUUUCAGCCCUAUGAAAGAGGCCAUUGUUUCCGCAGAUGUGAUUCCGAUUCUCUGUGAACAUGCCCAUUCCGAUGCCGUCAAGCUGAAAAUUGAGUCUUUGUGGGCACUCAAGCAUCUCGUGUAUAAUACUGCCAACGACAUUAAGAUCACUGUGGUCGAGAAACUGGGCCCCCGCUGGAUGCUACAGAGGAUCGCUCCACCCGACGAGGGUGAGCCAGACAACCGUCUCCUUGACGAGGAGAUGGAACAGGAUACUAGUGUUGCGAUGGGCGGAGCCAAUUCGGCCGGCGAACACGUUGACAUUUUGAAUCCAACUGAGGAAUGGAACCAUUUCUUUUACUCAGUAAGUCUCGAAUUGGUCAGCUACAAAUUCGACUAUAAUACUGACCCCGGGGCGAAGCACAAGCGGUUCCCUCCUGCUCUUCGACGACGCAGCCGCCUCAUCUCGUGGGGAGUCAUCGAACAAAACGACCAAGCAGCCCGGGACCAGGAUGCCGUUCGCGAGCAGACAUUCGACCUGAUCCGCAACAUGAUCUGCGGCGAAGGCGCCGCCGAAAUGAUCGACUACCUGUUCCGUGAUAUCGGCCAAGAUGCACUUCUCGAUACCAUCAACGAAAGUCUCAAGGUGCGAGUGUUCGAGCGGUUUCCUAUCAACCCCCAGAAUCCGGUGCACACCAUAAAUGCCCGAGCCACGGCCCACACUGAGCUGAUCACGGCCGUCACAGCGGUGAUCGUCCACCUUGCUGCUGGACUCCCGCGUCAUCGCCAGCUGGUGGUGUGGCACAAAGAUAUCAUGCGCUCAGUCAUCGCCCUUCUUAGUCACUCGCACCAGAAGGUUCGCCUCAACGGUGUCUGGGUGGUCAUCAAUCUCUUGUACGCCGAGGACCAAAACGACAAUGAAGGAUGCCGUGCGCGCGCUGCGCGCCUGAAGGAGCUUCGAGUUCUUCCGCAGCUGGAGAAGCUGGAGAAGGACAAGGACUUGGACGUUCGUGAGCGUACCAAGACGGCCUUACACUGGCUCAAUGUGCUUUCUUAA